AUGAGUGCUUGGAUUAGGACGCAUUGUGGACCAUUCCUUUCUCGUAUGGUAAACUUAAUCAGCUCGAGAGGUUUAUUGAGGAAAGCUCGCUUUUCCCUGCAGUACUUGAUGCUAUGGGAGCGCUUGUUGGUAGCGAUGGAGACAUUUUCACGAGUAACUCACCAAAGGAAAAGCGGCACAGCUCUGCUGGUCCGAGGGCCGCAUGCAGGGCCUGCGACGCCCCCUAAGUUGUCCAAUCGUUUGUGUCUAAGCGACGCAAGCGGACAAGUGAACUUGACCGAAGCUGACCUGGUGCAUGUGUACUAUCGGAAUAAUCGGUCACAAGCCUUCACCCAGGUUAAAAGGAUAAAGGGAGAUAUUAAGGUUAUAAAGGCCGAGCUUGAAAAUAUCUGUCGGACCCCGGCUCGACAGCUCAAUGAUCGAGUGCUUGAGCUCAGAGGGGAUCAUAAAAAUAUAAUCCGAGCAUGGCUGGCCGGCAACGGCCUUUGA